UAUGAAUGGGAAAUGAAAAACUUUUCCACAAAAUUCCAUCCCCUAAGCCAAGAAGAGCAAACCCAAGAAAGAAAAGGAGAAGAAAAAGAAAAAGAAAGCAUAGAGGAAGAUAAUCAAUUACAAUUACAAGUAGUAGAAGAAGAAGAAGAUGAAGAUGAUGAUGAAGAAGAAAGAGCCAGAUGUGAGUGGGAUUUUAAUCUCUCCACUAUUGUUUCUUCCGACACAGCCGGAGCGGGGACCGACACCCUCGGAGUAAUCGAGUUCGACCCGUCCGACAGCUUUGUAGCCACCGGCGGUAUUGCGAGAAAGAUCAGAAUUUAUAGUUUAAGCUCUUUGUUGCCUCAUGAAAGUACUACUUCGUUAGACCAUGCCGAUGCAUGUGACUUCUACAUAUGCACUCCUGCAAAGCUUAGCAGCCUGAAAUGGAAACCCGGUUCGGACGGGCGGGUCUUGGGGUCCGGAGACUAUGACGGGGUGGUCAUGGAGUACGAACUUGAGAGAAGAAUGCCCGUUUUCGAGCGGGACGAGCAUGGAGGGCGCCGAGUCUGGAGCGUGGACUAUUCGCGCUGGGAUCCGGUUAUGGGGGCGUCCGGGUCGGACGACGGAACCAUGCAAAUGUGGGAUCCACGUUGCGAGGGUGGGAAAUGCAUGGCCACGGUGCAGCCUAGCGUGCGACGCAGUCCCGUCUGUUGCGUUGAGUUCAAUCCGGUUGGUGGAGCGCUGGUCGCCGUUGGAUGCGCGGACCGGAGGGCGUACGUGUAUGACAUCCGGAAGAUGGUGGACCCGGUUGUUGUUUUUGAUGGGCAUGGUAAAACCGUCACAUACGUCCGAUUUCUGGAUGCCCACACGAUGGCGUCAGCAGGGACUGAUGGGUGUUUGAAGACGUGGAGUAUCAAUGAUGCCCGUGUAAUCCGCACGUAUAAGGGACACGUCAACAACCGGAGCUUUGUCGGGUUGUCAGUGUGGAGGAAUGGCGGGUUACUCGGAUGCGGGUCGGAAAGUAACGAGGUUUUUGUGUAUGAUAGGAGGUGGAGUGAGCCGAUAUGGGUGCAUGGAUUUGAGCCGGUGGCUAGAGCCGGGUAUGACCAAGGGUUUGUCAGUAGCGUGUGCUGGAGGCAAAUUGAAGAGGACAGGUGCACUCUGGUGGCAGGGGGAUCAGAUGGGGUUUUGCAGGUUUUUGCAGGGAAAAGGAAGUAAAUUUGAUGAGAAAUGUGUACGAGUAUCUUACAAUUAAAAUGAUUUGACAGUUAAAAUUAAUAAUUUUUACUGAUUUAAAGGUUGAUUUUUCUGUCACGUCGUUCCAAUUAUAUGACGAACAAAUAACAUGUGUACUAGUAAUGACUUAAUGUCCGGUUCCCUAAACUAUUAAAUUUGGGAAUUUCAAUCACAAAGAGAACAUGCAUGUGUAUGCAAAUAUUUUAUAUAGCACAAAGAGAGAAAGGAGAA